AUGGAAGUGGAAACUGAUGAAAUUAAAGAGGCCAAGCGACUUGAGUUAGAAGGUGUGAAGGCAGCAGAGGCUGGGCAGGUAGAUAAAGCCUUGGAGUUGUUUUCUCAAGCUAUCACAGUGGCCCCUGAGCACCCAUCGAGUUACAACAACAGGGCUCAGGCACUGCGCCUCAAGGGAGAUAUCACUGGUGCCCUUACUGACCUAGAUAAAGCCCUGGAGCUGCCCAAAGGUCAGGGAAAGGUCGCCUGUCAGGCGUACACACAGCGCGGACUCAUCAAGCGUCUACAAGAGAAAGACAAAGAAGCAAAAUGCAACCUCACUCAGGCUUCUCACUUGGGAGGCCAGUUUGCCAAGCAGCUGCUGUUAUCCAUGAACCCCUACGCUGCUCUAUGCAACCAGAUGCUUGCUGAUGUCAUUGGAAAACUGAGGACUGGCGAGGAAAUGGAAUGACCUGUCACAAAUAACUCAAGCAGGCAAACAUGCUAUGAACUUGUUCCAUGCAAAUUAACAGAUAGCCAAAUAUUUUCAUGAGCUGCAUACUUGGGGAUUUAAUUACUAAAUGUAUUGUUUAACUGCUUUGUGUUUUACCCAAAAGCAAAUCUUGGUUAAACAAAGCUUGUAUAUCCAAAACAAGUCAGGGCAUGUUUUCAUGAUUUGGAAUAAGGGCUUAAAAUUUCAUUGAAGAGGAAAAACAUUUGCCCAAGCUGAGAAAGAAGAAAUAAUGUCCAAGGUAAACUUGCAUCAUUUGAAAGAAGGGGUUUAUCUUGGGGGACGAGGUCAGCCCCUCUUGAGGAAAGCAAUUCUACAUUUAACAUUUUUUCCUGGUUUUGUUUGCUUUUAAGCAUCUGAAGGCAGGUACACAAAGUGAAGCCAUAUUAUAUAAUGGCUGUAUCAGCCAAAACUUAUGAAGAAUUUGUAUUUGCUUUGCAUUGCCAAGUUAUGACAAUGUUUGAACAACAUAAUAAUCUGUAGUGUACAUGCAAAAAUUAUUUAUAUUUUAUUUACCUAUUUGUUAGUUUUUACACGUUAUUGAGUUAUGCAUGCUUAUGGAGCAUUUUAGGGCAUUUUAGUAAAGGUAUAGAAUAUAAACUGUUUUGAUUGUAGAAACGUUAAAAAAUAGUUUAUUUCAUUAAUUAUGCUGUUAUUCAAAAGGUUUUGUUAUGUUACUUUGAAUGUGAUUUGUAUAGAUCAUACACUUGUUUUUUGAUACACACAGAACAUAAUUGAAUGGGGUGUUGGUUUUGGUUAAUCGAGAUUCUAUUAAAUUAAUGAUAUUGUUUAUUUUGUCAUUUUCCCAAACCAUCUGAAACUGUUAAAUAUUCACAUGGAAACAUAUCAUCGACUCUUCUUUGUUUGUUUUUCAGACGAUUUUUAAUGAAUUUAAUGUAAUUGUACAUGAGCAUUCCAGUUAAAAGACAUAUAUUUUAGAUAUUUG